AUGUCCACCGCCCCGAUAAUCACCUUUGACUACGACUUCUCCCCCUAUGGCCAGAAAAUCCGCGCCGCCCUCGCCGCCUCCAACAUUGCCUUCCAGCGCUCCAACCAGCCCAUUGUGCUCCCGCGCCCCAUCCUCGCAAAGCUCGACAUAACGUACCGCCGCAUCCCGCUGCUCGCGCUGGGAAAGGACAUUUACGCCGACACCUCGCUGAUCCUAGCGGAGCUGCAAGCGCGCUACGGUGGUCUGCGCACGACGCCCGCCGACGCCGCGUUCGACGUCUUCGGCACGCAACUCUUCGCCAGCGCGCUGCGCAUCGUUCCCGCCGCCGCGCUGACGCCCGAGUUCAUCAAGGACCGCCUGUCCAUUUUCCCCGCACUCGCGGACCCAGAGUACCCCGCGCUCCGCCCCAGCGGGCUCGCUGAGAUGCGCGCCCGCUUCGACGUCAUCGAGCGCGAGUUCCUCGCCCCGGGCCCUUUCAUCGCGGGCGACUCCUUCGGCCUCGCGGAUCUGCACGCCGGCUGGGCGGUCGGCUGGAGUCUGAGGGCCAUUGGCCUGGCGCAGGAGCCUGGGUUCUCGGAGCGCGAGUUCCCCCGCAUACACAAGUGGAUUGCGCAGUGGCCAACGCCGACGUACACCGAACUGGGUGCGGAAGCCGUGUGGGACGCGGUGCAGGGCGCGGCGUACACGGCGCGCGACAUCGGCGUCGACGAGGCGGAUCCCCUGGGCCUUGGGGCCGGCACGCUCGUCACGGUUGAGAAUAGCGAUACGGAGCCGGGCAGGCAUCCGCAGCGGGGCCGGCUGGUGGGCGCGGAUCGCAGGGAGGUUGUUGUCGAGCUGGAGAACGGGAUUCGGCUGCAUUUUCCGCGCGUCGGCUAUGUGGUCAAGCCGGCCGUGUAA